AUGCGGCUGGCGCUCCCUCUUGUCGUUGACGCUCUACGACCGCUCGCCGACGACGCCUCCUGUCUGGCCGUGAUGUCUCGUCCACCGAUUCCUCUCGAAGUCUGCCGUCAACGGCGUCUGUCCACGAUUAUCACAUCUCUAUGUCUCUCAGAUGGUCAGUUUUUGGUGUCAUUUUGUCGGCAGCAUGGUGACGUACCCGUAGAUAUUUGA